UUCUUUCCAUCCUUGGAAACCGACAUUCACUUCGCGCGAAAUAUCGUGCAUAGCCAAGGCCUGUUGACCGUGACGAUCAUCAUAUAUCAUUCUGUGUCGACACAAUGGACCGCAAGAAUCGACCUUCGGCCAUCUCGCCAAUCGCUGCUGGACCGCAACCGAGCGUUCACGUCGAGCAAGGCAAGGUCAUCGCUAGUCUUCCCUCGGGCGAUUCGGUUGAGAUUCUCCUAUUCGGUGCGACAGUGACAAGCUGGAAGACCAACGGCAAAGAGCGACUAUGGCUCAGUACAGCGGCCAAGCUUGACGGAAGCAAGCCUGUGCGAGGAGGUGUUCCGAUCGUAUUUCCGGCGUUCGGCCCACCAAACAAGGACCAUGUCACUGGCAGUCUCCCACAGCACGGCUUUGCACGAAACUCACAUUGGGAGUACCUAGGCAAGUCGUCGUCUGAAUCUGGUGCCCAGGGCAAAGCCGGCGAUGAUUCGAUCAAACUCGACUUUGGUCUGUCAACGGCAAAUUUGAGCGAAGAUACGAAGAAGGCAUGGCCUUUUGGCUUCGGGCUCGUGUACAGCGUGACACUGGGCAAGGAUAGCCUUCAGACCAUGCUGAACGUGCGAAACGAGGGCACGGAGGCUUUCGAGUUCCAGUUCUUGUUGCACACCUACUUCCGUGUCGAGGACAUCACGCGCACACAAAUUAAUGGUCUCGGCAGCGCUACCUAUGUCGACAAGAUGCUCAACGCCACCACUCACCAACAAUCCACUCCGAGUCUGUCCAUUGCAGGCGAGGUUGAUCGCGUCUACACUGGACUGCAGCAAGAUACUACAUCGGUCGUGCAGGAAGGUCGGCCUUCAUUGGACAUCAUUCGCGACAACCUGGCGGAUACCGUAGUCUGGAAUCCUUGGAUCGAGAAGUCAAAAGGCAUGGGCGACUUUGAGCCAAAGGACGGAUACAAGACGAUGGUGUGCGUGGAGGUUGGUGCGGUCGAGGGUUGGCAGAAAUUGGAGCCCGGCGAGACCUUUGAGGGAGGCAUGCUGGUGAAGGCGCAUUGACUUGAGGGGAUUCGAGCAGCGCUAUAAGAGCUCAUCUUUUGCAGCACACCAUUGAGCAGUAUAAAGUGGAGUCCUAUCUUAACAAACCGCAUCGAAGCGUGUGACGGACUCCAGCCGUGCCGUGGAGCGAUGGAUGGAUAAACCGCGGAUUGCUGGUCCCUUUUUCAUCGCUAUCGGAUAUGACAAUAUCUGUAAUCCACACCUGAGCACGAUGACA